UCCUGUGCACUAGGUGGUGAUACAUUACAUCUUCAAUAGACUGGGACGUCUUUUUACGCACGCGAAGAAAAGUUGUUGUUGUUAACUUGCUAGUGGAAAAAUGGCGUCGUCCAUGGGCGGUAUGUUCCCCGGUCAGCAGCCUCCUGGAUCUCAUCCACCUACAGGUCCUGGUGGUCCAGGUCAGCCAGGACUUCUCACAGGUCCUCCUGGUAACAGAGGGGCAAAUAACACUUUAGUAGAUGAGCUGGAAGCUUCUUUCGAGGCGUGUUUUGCAUCUCUAGUCAGUCAAGACUAUGUGAAUGGAACAGACCAGGAAGAAAUUAGGACUGGGGUUGAUCAGUGUAUACAGAAGUUUCUGGAUGUAGCCAGACAGACUGAAUGUUUCUUCCUUCAGAAAAGACUGCAGCUGUCUGUACAGAAACCAGAACAGGUGGAAAAAGAGGAUGCAUCAGAACUGAAGAAUGAACUCCAGAGGAAAGAAAUGCUGAUUCAGAAACAUCUUACCAAGAUCCAUCAUUGGCAGCAGGUGUUGGAAGACAUCAACGUCCAGCAUAAAAAGCCCACAGAACUGCCGCAGGGUCCACUGGCCUUCCUGGAACAGGCCUCAGCCAACAUUCCCGCACCCAUGAAACCAAACUGAAGCAUGUAGAGAUCCAGAACCCUAUCCAGACUGUGUUCCCGGGCCACUCUCUCUCUCUGCGCCCAGCAAAUCGUACAAUAAGCCUUUGUUGUGGACUCGUUAGUGAUGUUUUUGUCAUGUUACGUACAUCCAUGAUGUGCUAAAGGACGUUACUGCCACUUGUCUCAUGAGGAGUUUGUAGGUCUGCCAGAAGGAGGUCAUUCUAAAGAACUCGAGGGUCUUUGACAUUUAAUCAUCAGAAUACUUAAAACUGAUGGCAAGUUAAUCACAUUUUUAAUAUAACAAGCACAGAUGUUCUUAGAGCUAAAAUGACCAGAAAGGGCUUUAGUUAGAGAGAAUUAAGUGGGAUAAUUUUUCCCCCCAUUGUUCAUAUUUUAUUGAAAGAUCUUUUGUAAAGUUUAAAAUAAACAUGUUUUGUCAUUACUGAAAAUUGUGCGCUCUCUUACAUUACAUAUUUUACUUAUUUUCUUUCUCAGUGCUUUAUUUUUUCCCUUUAUAACAGGCUGUAUCAAUACAAGCAACAUUUUUCAGUUAUUCUCCAACUACUCACAAAUCCUUUGCAUUUGGAUUUGAACAUUUAUUUCCCUUUUGGUAAAA